AUGCCUUUUCCACCGAUCCAGCAGCAGCAGCAACAACAACAGCAGCAACAGCAGCAGCAGCAGCAAGUCCCCGGGGUUCCGACACCUCCCACUGUCAGUGCUGCUGCUCCUCGGGAGCUGCCAAAGAAGCCAGCAACCCAGAGGAAGACCACUGUGCAUGCCCCUCCAGUCCCAGGUUCACUGGCACCCACAGCUGGAGGUGAAAAGAAGAAACGGCCCCCGGAGAAGCCAGAGAUGCUCCUUUCUAGCUCCUGGCCAUCAGCAACACUGAAGAGGCAACUGGCUAAGAGAACCCCAGGCCCAGCAGCCAGCAGGACUCAGCCACAACCCCCGCUGCGCCCCACUCAGCAACCCCUAGCGCCUGCCACUGCCGCCACCUCCACACCAACCCGCCCGCUGCUCCCUGCCACCUGCACUAUGCCUGGGCUGGCCCACUCCUGUGAGAGCCUGGCAGCUGGUGGGUCCUCCGUGCCAGGACCAGGGGCUGGCACCAGCAGUGGUGGGGAGGAGGAGGCUGUGAGAUUCUCAUUGAGCCUGACUCCAGAGGCAAUUCUGGUGAUCCAGAGGCGCAACCUGGAGAAGCAGUUGCUAGCACGACAACGCAGACCCUUCCCUUCUCCAGCCGCAGACACCAAACGCCUCCUAUCCUCUUGCCCCCGGAGCAAAGCUGGAGCCAUGGGUACCACCUCAGGCCAACGUAAGGGCAUGGCUAUUAGCGGCGCCGGGAGCACCCCAGUUGGUGGUUUUGGGAGCACCAGUCGCCGCCCUACACAGUCCCAAUCCCAACUCCUUUCUGGUGCCAUGCAACCCCUCUCCACCACGUCCAGAGGAGGGCACUUGGGGAGUGGGGACUUACGGACCUUGCUGAAGAUCUCUCUCCUGAAUGAGCACCAUAAAUAUGAUGAUGUAGAAUAUGAAGAGGAAGCUGAGGCAGUGGAUGAGGGCCUGGUGAGGAAGUGUACCGAGUGGUUACGGGGUGUGGAGAAUGCCGCGGCCACGAGAGACAGGGCUGAGAAGUUGGAGACCCUGCCUCACCUGGGCACCCUCUGA